ACCUUCUGAGUGACAGAAGAAGAAGAAGCCUCAGCGGCGGUUCCGUGUUCGAAAGAGGAGACAGAAGAGACAGAAGAUAGAAGACGAGAGAACUACUGUCAGUCAUUAGCCAGUGUUGAGUUAAAGAGGAAGAAUAAAAGCCAUUAAAAGCCUAUAAUGACAGAUAGGAAGCCGUGUAAGGUGUGUAACUUCAGCCGACAGAGAUCCUACGGGCUGGCUGUUCCCUCUCUGGACGAGCUGAAGGUAAAAGGCAGCGAGUUUCUUGGGUUCAGCCCCAGCGAGCCGGUCACAGUGGUCCUAGAUGACGAUGGGACGAUCGUACAGGACCAGGCGUACUUCCUGUGUUUACCUCUGAACACAAAGUUCAUGCUGUUACAUGAAAGAGAGAAAUGGGUUCCAGUUCGCAAGAUGGAUGGGGGCACGGCCUGGAUGGCCAGGGACUCUUUGGUGCUGGAGGCCGAUUCUGUGGACUUUGCUGCUGCAGCACCCUGGUGGAACUUGUCUCAGCAGCUGAAGCAGGACCUCGCCAGCAUCAUCCUCAUGUCUGAGGCAGACUUACAGACCUUAGUGGACGUCCCGGUCCCUGAGCUGGCCUCUGCUCUGGGCUUCCGAGAGAAGAAGGCCGAGGACCUGCAGGAGACGCUGCAGAGGGUUUUGGACCGACGAGAAGAGGAGAGGCAGUCCAAGGAGCUUCUCCAGCUCUACCUCAAAGCUGCAGAGAAAGAGGACGGACAGCAGGAAGAGCCGAGCCAGCCCGGCCAGGAAGAGGCUGCAGACGAGGUGGACGCGAUGGAGGUGGACCCUGCGUCCGGAUUCAUGUCCAGGACGCUGAUGGUCCUGAAAGGCAAAACAAGCCCAGAGACCAGACUCUCCACUGAGGAUCUGCAGAUGGUCGUGAGCAGAGGGGUGGAGGCUAUGGAGCAGGUGCUGGGCUGGGACACGGCGAGGACGUCCGCGCUGCUGCAGGCCUGCGAAGCCGAGCUGACCGGACGUCUCCAGCAGGUUCAGGCCGUGCAGUCCGUCAGGAGCAACGCACAGCUGGACGGCAGCCAGCAGUCCGGCGAGCAGAGAACGGCGGAGGAGGAGGGUGUAGAAACGCCAGCCCGAGGCGGCGGCGACUAGACCGACGCUUCGCCUGAGCAGAGACUGAUAAGAAUUCACACAACCUGCCUCGGGGUCAGAAGAACGGGGUUUACCCUGCCGAUAAUAUCCACAACGCUGGAAGCCAUGAAUGUUAAUGAUGUUGACUUUUUGUACAACUUGUAAACCACUUGAAUGCUUUUGGCUUCAAGAGGAAGUGGAGUCAUUUGCACAAGUCAUGUUUAUCAAAGACAUGCUGGCGUUAACCACUGGCUUCAACUUUC